UGGCUAAUACUUCUCCUAGCAAUCAAAAAAAAAAAAAAAAAAAGCAAAGAGUGCUCCUCCAACUCUCAUUGAAAAGUCGGCUCAUUGAAGCAAUCUCUUAAUUACUUCACAAAUCUCCACACAAUUUACAGCUUAUAACUUAUACACCCCCUAAAAAACCGACUAACCUCGCCGGAAAGGAGAGGAGAGAGAGAACAAAUCACCGCUAAUUGGUGGCUGCAUCACUUCGUCGAAGAAGAACAACUUGUGAAAGGCAAACAAGCAAUACCCUCUUCUCUUAAUUGCUUGUUUAUCCGGUAUGAAAUCACACUAAUUAUUCUUACUAACUACUACCCAUCAUUCAUUCAUUGUUGAAGUUGCAAAAAAAAAAAAAGUAAUCAACUUUCUUAUUGAUUCACAUUCAAGUAUAAAAUCAAAACAUACCCAACUAUAUCUUGUUCAUCGGUGAAUAACUCCUUGACUUGUGAUUAGGGUUUUUCUGUUUUUAGUCUUGUAAUUGGAUUUGAGGUGGGAAACCCUGGUAAUAUCAAUGGAAAAAGAUAGAAUAACAACUGUAUCAGAAGUAGUGCAUAAGCUGCAACUUGCACUUUUGAAUGGUAUUGAAGAUGAUAAUCAGUUGUUUGCUGCUGGGUCUCUUAUGUCAAGGAGUGAUUAUGAAGAUGUAGUGACCGAACGUUCGAUUGCUAACCUAUGUGGUUAUCCAUUGUGCUCGAAUUCUCUGCCUGUGGAACGCUCGAAAAAGGGGCAAUACCGAAUUUCGAUCAAGGAGCAUAGGGUGUAUGAUUUGAGUGAGACUUUUUUGUAUUGUGAUUCUAGUUGUUUGAUUAAUAGCAAGGCGUUUGCCGGGAGUUUAAAGGAGGAGAGAUGCUCGGUUUUGAACCCCGCGAAGGUUGAUGAGAUAUUGAGGUUGUUUAAGAAUGUGGGAUUGGAAAAUGAGGAAGAGGGGAAGGGGAAGAAUGGGGAAUUGGGGUUGUCAAAGUUGACGAUUAAGGAGAAUGCUGAGACGAAAAGAGGGGAAGUUUCGAUGGAGGAGUGGGUUGGUCCAUCAAAUGCCAUUGAAGGCUAUGUCCCCCAAAGAGAUCGUCAAUCGAAGUCAUCCACUUCGAAAAAAGGUUCUGAACCAGGUAAUUCAAAAUUGAAUAAGCACAAUGAUGUAGUUCGAAAUGGGGCUGACUUUGAUGUUAAUCUUGAGUCCAGUGAAGGAACAACUGGUCUUAGAAAAAUUUAUGAAAAUGACAAGCUCAAGAAUUUUGAACCAAUGGAACAACUGCUUAGUGAUAUAAACUUCACAAGUGUGAUCAUAACCAAUGAUGAAUAUACUGCUUCUAAGAAGUUGGAAGGUAAUUCCAAGUCUGGGUAUUCUGGAACCAAAGAAGGUGGCUCUCAAGUGAAGAAGUUUGUCUCGAAUAAGGGCGAAGAUUCGAUUUUUGGCACUGUAGACUUUAUGAGCACCAUAAUUAACCAAGACGAAUACUCUGUCUCCAAAUUGCCUUUUGGUCAAGUCACAUCUGAUCCAAAUCAAAUCUCUCAAGAAUUGUCAGAAAAUUUGGAUGCUGGUGGUGCAGAGAAGCAGUUCAAACUCCCUGAGGAGUCCACUUGUCCUGCAGAGAAUGGUCCUUCAACAUCUAUGGAUUCAGUCAUAGAAGCUGGAAAUGCAAAGUUAGCUAAAGUUUCUUUUCACCUGGAUCAGAAAGAUGCCACUUCAAGUAGCAGGAAUGUGAUAGAUGAGUCUCAAGUUGAGAUAGUUGUUCACUCUAGUCAAGCGAAAGGAAAAUCUGCUCUUAGAACUUCUGGGGAAAAGAAAGCUGCACGUUCUGUAACUUGGGCUGAUGAGAAGCCCAAUGGUCUUGCUGGUGGAAAUCUCUGUGAAUUUCGAGAAUUUAAGAACACAAAAGACGAUCCUAGUACAUCAAAAGGCAAAGAGGCUUGGGAAGACGAUGAUUCUCAACGAUUUAGCUCUGCCGAAGCUUGUGCAAUGGCAUUGAUCCAGGCAGCAGAAGCUGUUGCAUCUGGACAAUCUGAUGCUAAUGAUGCUGUUUCUGAGGCUGGGAUCACAGUGCUGCCACAGCCACAAACAGUCAAUGAAGGCGGAUAUUCUGUCAAAGAUGAUGCAUUGGAUGACGAAGCUCUUGAAAAGCGGCCUAAGAUGCCAGGGAACUUAGAUUCUAAAUUCUUUGACUCUGAUAAGUCAUGGUUUGAUGCGGCUCCAGAAGGAUUUAGCUUGACAUUGUCACCUUUUGCCUUGAUGUGGGAUGCACUCUUUUCUUGGCUGACAUCCUCCUCACUGGCCUAUAUAUAUGGAAGAGAGGAGUGUUGCCAUGAAGAGUAUAUGUAUGUUAAUGGGAGAGAAUAUCCGAGCAAAGCAGUACUUCCUGAUGGUCGUUCUCCAGAAAUCAAGCGAACAUUAGCUGCUUGUCUUGCACGUGCGUUGCCUGGACUGAUAGCUGAUCUCAAACUGCCCACACCAGUAUCCCUUCUGGAACAUGAAUUGGCCCACUUGCUGGACACAAUGUCUUUUGUGGAUGCACUACCUCCAUUCAGAAUGAAGCAAUGGCAAGUAAUUGUUCUUCUGUUCCUUGAUGCUCUUUCAGUCUGUAGAAUUCCUGGACUACCUGCAUACUUGACAAGCAGGAGGAUUUUGAUUCCUAAGGUCUUGAAAGGUGCCCAGCUAAGGCCUGAAGAAUACGAGAUCAUGAAAGACCUCAUGAUUCCACUGGGUUGAGUGCCUCAAUAUUCUGUGCAGAGCGGUGGUUGAUAAGUUUACUUGCAGCACCUUCAACAUAUACGUUGCUGCCCGCACUUGUUCGCUUAUGCCGCUCAACUAAAUCGUUGCAUUUGCUUUUAUUUCGUUGCACCAAAAAAAGAAAAAGAAAAAAAAAAACAAGAACUGGGAGAACACUAGUCCUAUCACCUAUGUGCAGUUUUUGGUUGAAGGUAAGAAUUAAUGCAAGUAUGAUGUAAGUUACUCCCUCCAUUUGAUAUAAGAUAAAUUUUAACAUCAUUCCUCUCUUAGUAAGUUGUUUCUCUAUCACUCUCAUUGCUUCGACAAAAAUUCUAAUCUAUCUCCUCAUCACGCGAGUUUCCUUAAUAAUCAUGUCAUUUCUCUAUGUUACAGUUAUUGGAAAACGGAAGGAGUAUCAAGUACACAAUUUUGUCGUAUAUAUUUUUCGACGUUAUUUGUAUGUUAUGUACAGUACAGAAAUUUGUUAAAUGUGAACAUAUUCUUAUGUGUUUCUUAUGAUAGUUAAAGAGAUGAACUUUGCUA